GCGAUCCACUCGAUAAAUCAACAUUGUUCUUACAACUUGCUACGACUAAUAGCCGACGAUGGAGUGACCUUAUCGCAGGAUGUGACCAAUUGAACGUAUUCCCCAGGUUGGACUUGAAUUCUUCAACUGGCUCAAGACAAAUACCGUGAACAGCACGAGGUCAAGAUGCCGACAUGCCCCGAAAGAUGAUAUCGGAUCUUAUCAGACCGCGAUAUUAACAUAUUCAUAUUAACUGGCGAAGAUCACUGGAUCCAAUUACCUAAAUGUUUUCCGGAGUUACCCCAACAAGAGCCAUGCCCUGAUGGAUAUGCGCAACUAUGCAGUUGGAGUAUGUCUCGCAUCACGAUCCUCGCAUGCUUCAAAGACAAGACGCCAAGACGAAUUGGAGUUUCUCCAAGACCUUGGUGCCUGGAUUGGCUCCGUUGAUAUGCGAUUAUCAUUACGUGAAAUGCCUCAUCUAUGGGAAACGACUUUCGCUGUGAUCUUCUUACUGCACCACUUAUCUGGUGUAGACGACUAUGUAUCGAAUGCGUGGGUUUCUCCACGAUAAGGCAACCAUCGCCAAUACUUUCUGUCUUGGUAGACGUCGG